AGCGCGGGAAAUUGAGAACUCGAGGAUCUUUUCAAGUUUUAGCGAACAUUGCUCAAAAUUGUUGGAUAUUCAAGUGCUAUUAUGGUGAAGCGUAGCGAGGGCGUCGGAUAAUAUGGUGACAGGGUGUUUUGUUUUGCUUGUGUAACUGGAAAAGCCUCCAACAGGCGUUGUCUAUACACUUCAUAAAUGCUCUAUGGUGAAAUUCACACGAAUGACACAACAUGCUGUCAACUUUCAUAGAUGGAUUUUCGUGUUAGCGAUUCUUUUCUCCGCGGCAGUGACCAACGGUAAAUCUCUUAAACAAGCCUGUCGAUAUUUCUUUAAGGGAUUUCUCUUCCAUUUGUUUUUCGUGCCCAUUAAUCUUGCAAGAUCGAGCUUUAGACGUGACGAAUUGUGAUUCUGUGAUUCCUUGGAGCAAAUCCAUAAGUGUGGCCGCGCGAAUGAAGAGCGUUGAGCUGCUCUUUCAAGCGGUUUGGCAUUUUUUUAUCACUAUCUUGCAAAUCGAUUUUCUGACCGACUAAUUGUGGACACUAUUGGAUAUGAAAGAGUUCACUUGACCAACAUAUGUUUGUUUUUGUUUUUGACUAGUAGGUACCCAACUUCAAUCAAAGCUAUGCACGAACCAGCAAGCCUCCAAAAACAGGAAUGCUUUUAGUUUCCGCACAUUUGGAAAUGUUUCUACCCUUGAGGACUGCGUGGAUCUUUGUUGCGGAGAUGAAACUUGUGAGCUGGCGAUUCUCUCCAAAGGAUUCCACUGUUUUGGUGUGUCCUGCUUCGAACCGAAAGUUUGUCAUAGAAUUUUGGAUCGCUUGUUAAUGGACGAUGAAAGGGAAAUUGGACGAAGCUCGAGAAAUACAGGUAAAAUAUAUUACUUUUAAAAUAGUAGAGUUUCCUUCUCGAAUGUUCUGUCGAGUUUGUUGUUGAAAUCUUUAAAUGCAACAGUUGAUUAACUCCAAAUGAGAGAGAGAGAGAGCUGUAGUUUCCUUCGCUGUUGCUGAUUAUGCCGUUCCAGGUAGUUGUAACUUGUCUUUCUUAGUCUCCAAAUAAAAUCCUAACUCUAACCAUUCAAAUGGAAGCUACUGUUGGGCUUCUUAUUUUGCAGUACAAGGUAGUUGUGACUUUUGAUUCUAUGGAUGAAAUCCUAUGGUGUGACCAUUCAUAUGAAAGCUAUUGUGCAGUACUUUCCUCAGUUACUGUUUAUUGCGCUGGCAAAUUUUUAGGUUUAUAUGUGGAUAAAAUUUUUCUUUGAAGUAUUAGUCUACGAGAUUAUAACCAUGGUGUAAAAAUUAAUGUAUUACAUUUUCACUGAUUUAACAUUUUUCAAAAGAAAAUACGUGGGAAUGUAUGGUUUUUAUACGGCAGAUCUGAAGUGAAGUGAGGACCUUCAAUUUUGCAAAAAUUCUCCAUUCUUUCUUAGAGGGGCUGCAUCACGGAUGUCUAGUGUAUUUUGUUCUUAGAGAGUUAAAAUCAAACGACAAACUCGAAUUUGUACCAAGUGACCAAGUUUUCCCUUUACUUGUCGUUUACUGUUCGUUGAUUUCUACACAUAAAUAAGUAGCUUCACGCAAUGUAUUACCAUAAGAAUUGUUUUUGUUAUCUGCUCAUUUUCUAUUUUGAGAAACUCUCAACUUGAAUCUUGCGGUUGCCUUUUGCCGUAUAUACGUGAAGCUUAAACUCCCCAUUAAUGCCAAUUACGCGGCCUUAUUCGCAAUGGAACUUGAAAGUUACUUGUAAACAGCAAAAUCGCAGCUUCGUGUCAAACAAAUAUAUCUCCCAAGCAGUAUAUUUAACAAUUAUUCCUCGAGCCCGAAUGGGCUGUUGACUCAGAGGCCAUGAAGGUGAGAGGAAUAAUUGUUUUAGUAAAGUUGGUAAAAAAUAUCGAGACAAAACAACUUUAGCUUUAGCUCUAGCAACUUUAGUGGCCGUUGUUUUGGUUUUCAAAGCCGGCGCGUUUCGCUAAUAGUGGGCUAUAACAUAUAGCCUAGUACUAGCUCAACCAGUCAGAAGGCAGCAUUGAUAAUAGACCACUACUUUGAGUUUAGUAAUAAACGUUACAACCUCAAAAUAACAAGGUGUCAAAAAACACCAUUGCAAUUUCACGUUUGUCCUUCCGUUCCUCCUUCUGUAUUUGCUGUGUUAUGUAUACCUUUUUUUCAUUUUCUGAGCUGUUAUUUAUAUGGUAUACUCAGUUUGGUGGCGGUUUCCACAGCUGUUUAAAUUUUGUUAAAUUUCGUUUCUUUUAUUGCUCCAGAUGAAUUCUGUUAAAUUUAUCACUCUGCACAGGCAACAAUGAUGCGCAUUUUGCCUUUUACUUACAGAUGGACACCUUUCAAGUUAACAUAAUGAUGAGUAACAAUAAUAGUUCCUUUUUUACAUGAUGCCUAAAACGGCAGCUCCACAGUGAAUUCUUUAAAUGAGAGAUUUGGCUUUGAAAUUAAAAUUCCUUGAUUUCUGAAAGAGUCCGUUUGAAGCUAUGUUGCUUUCUUUCCUCCCACGAGAAAAAAUGUCUUUGGAAGAAACUUAACUCUGGUAGGUCGGUACUUCGUCAAAUGUGCAACCUCAGGGUUACGUGUGCGUAUUUUGUUAGCUGAAAUGUUUAGUGUAGAAAGGUGAUUUUGAGGGGUGUGUGCAACAGGUGGGGGUGUUCUGGAAAUUGUUUUUAGACUGUUCAAUUUGAUGUUGUGAAUCAUGUGAAUUGGCAAAUUGUGCGCUUUCUUUGCCUGUCUUGCUUCCAGAGUUACCAAAAAUUUUAUCAAAAUGUAGUUUGCUAAAGUUCUUUUCCAACUACUAUCUAUCUAAACAUUAUCGAUGACCAGCCUGCUUAGGAUAUAUCCAUACUCUAGGACGUUAUUCUUAAGGGUCUAAUGAAAGUUAACAGUCGUUUAUUUUUAUAAAAAUCAACCCGAAACAUAAACGUUUUUGCAUGAAGAUAGGCUUUUAGGCACUUAACUUUAGCUUACACAUGAAAUUGCACAUUUUAAAAGCCUUCAGAUGCAAUUUGUACAACCGUUUCAUUUUGUUCGAGUGUAAAAAAUUAAGAGGUGCUAACUAAGAAGCGUAAAAUGCUUUGAAAGCUCCUGGUGGCUCGAGCGGGUGGCUGUAUAGAAAUGAGUGCUAAAAUUAUCAGAACUUGUUAUUUUUGAUGUAGUCAACCAAGCAAAUAAAAGUCCAACUUUGAUUUCAAAAACAAAAUUGUUUGGAACGACCCAUAUGUGGUUAAUUUGAAUCAUUAUUUACAGCUCCUGUAUUGUUUUAUUAUUAUAACUCAAUGUAAAACGGAUAAGAACAAGAUGCUCGAUGCAAUUACCAUAUACAUGCAACUAAUUAGUCAAUUUGGAGAGAUUUUUAAUUAAUAGGGCUGUGUUCUUCAGAAAAGUAGCACAACAGCGAAAUAAAUCUCUCGCUUAAGCAGGAAAAUGGCUGCAUAUAUUCGUAUGAAAACUGCCAAUACUAAUUACAAAAUAGUAGUAGUAUUUCUUCUUUUGGUACGUAAUGAUGGCGCAGUGGAGAAAGCAGUCGCCUGUUAUCAGUUUACCCCGAAUUUUAAAUUCGAAGGCAAAGCGAUUGUGGUUUGAAUCUGUUCUCCCUUACUCCGGGAAGAGCAAAAUCAAAACGAACAAGUAUGAACAUGAACAGCUUCCCUUUUGACGGAUAAAUAUCUUGACUUGGGAGCUGUUUUCUUAGAGGGAAGAAAAUCCUAGAAGGCGGAACAACUUUUCGUUGGUACCCGGUAGAGAAGGAAUUAAAGAUGGUGGGCGACAAAAACAAAAAUGCAUUUUUGGCCCUUCUACACUCUUUACUGGCGUUAAUAACUGACUUCCUUUGAGCAGAAUUAUCACAAUAAUCAGCUCCUAGUAACCCCAAACGAAAUGACUGGCCUUUAUCGCCGUGAUUACCCACUGAACGACCCGCCGCCAUUUUUGUCUGGUUUGUCCCAAGUACUAGAAUCUUCCUAGAGAAGGCAGUUUACAUGGUGCAAGGAUCUUCCUAGAACAAGCAUCUUACCACCUCUCAGCUAACGAAAGAAGAUCCUUGCGCUAGCGACAGGCAAAACACUUUGCUCGUAAACUGAAUACGGAAAAAAAUAUGGCGCUAGGACAAUCCGCCUUCUAGGAUCUUCCUCCGUCCUAGUAACCAGCCCCUUAGUAUAUUAAUCUUUGGUACAUCGCCUAUACUAUUUUAUGGGGUCCAUACGUUCUCUUCAAAUGUCUCUUUCUCCAAAUUGCUUCUUGGUUUCAUUCAAUCCAAACUCCUGGUUUCCAUACUAAUCUUUCAAAAACCAUGUUUUUUUCUUGUCAGUACAGUCGACUCCCGAUAAUUCGAACCCUCACUAACUCGAACCUCGCGCUAACUUGAACCAAAAUCGAUUUCCCCUGGAUUUCCGUCAUACAUUCACUGUAAUUUUUCCCUCGGUAACUCGAACCCUCGAUAACUCGAACUCCCACUAACUCGAACCAAUUUUCGUUUCCCCUCAGGUCAUUUUCUAUAUAAUUUUACCCACGAUAACUAGAACCAUGUUUUGAGCCCUUAAAAAGUCGGGAAAAAAGCCGUCUACGGGCGUCCGAAACAUCGAAUUUUGGAUUUCCUAUUGACGUGUUGUAGGAGUAUAGUUUACUGGUGGAGGCUGAUGUUGAUUGUCACAAGCUAACGUGAAGCAGCUUUUCCUUCUCAAAACAGUAAACUUAGGCUAUGUUUUGUUACGUUACGUUCUUAUUUAUAAUCUAGAAGUAUCAUAUAAUUUUCACUUGACGUUUCUACAAUUAAAUGUGAUUAAAAUGUUCACUGUGCAGUAAAAACUGUUUUUUGCCUUACUCUUGGCUAUUUUCUUCGAACUCCAGACAACUCGAACCUUUUUUCGAUCUCCCUUGAAGGUUCGAGUUGUCGGUAGUAGACUGUAUAUAAUAAUUCCACUUUUUAAUUUUAGGAACGAAAGAUUUUAUCAGACACACUUCUCAAAUAGCGAACCCAAAAUGCCCGCAACGAUUUGUACCUAGUUUCCAGGUCCUUCUCCUUGGAAGGAGAAGUCCACGUGAUGUUUAUAAACUGCGUGCGCAGCCAACAGAUGCCAGCCAAUGUAGCGCUCAGUGCUGUAGGUCACGCGACUGCUCGCUAUCCUUCAUCGAAGAUGACGAGUGCUUUGGCGUUACCGGUGCCAGUGGAAACGGUACAAAUUCAGAACAAGGAUCAAGAAUUGGUUUGCAAAUUGCCAUAAUUGACAGAAAUAAAGGUUGGUCAGUUUCGUUGAAAAUUUUAAAAAGGAUCAAUUCAUUAACACCGGCUUAGAUAUAUAAAUACGUCCGUAGCACUCUAAUCUCAGCCUCCCUUAGCAUUCAUCUAAACUAAGGUGUGGUAGUAAAUGGUUUGUAGGUCGCAUUUACUCAGAGUAAAUUUAAGUAUUUUACAGCAGCUAGUAAUUGAAUGCGAAAUGUGAAUUUCUGAACUUCUUGGUUUGUUUUGUUUUGUUUUUUCACCUACACCUGCUCCUUGUCACUUGAGACUGAGUGAGGAUUGCACUGAGUUAAUGUUUUUGUUGAGAAUUCUACAGCAGUUUAUAAGUGAUUUUCAAAGUAAUAGAUGGCCUUGCUUUACCUUGCUAAAAAGUCUCGCUCGAUUGUCUUAACCCGCCGCCCGGUUAGCUCAAUGGGAUAAGCGCCGGUCUGCUGAGCGGGAGGCCGUAGGUUCAAACCCCGGCCGGACCAACACUCAGGGUCUUUAAAUAACUGAGGAGAAAGUGCUGCCUUUGUAAUGACAUCUGCAAACGGUUUGACUUUCUAGUCUUCUCGGAUAAGGACGAUAAACCGUAGGCCCCGUCUCACAAGCCCUUGCACAUGUAAUAAAUCUGUGGGACGUUAAAGAACCCACACACUCUUCGUAAAGAGUAGGGCACGUAGUGCCCGGUGUUGUGGUCUAUCUCACUUUCACACUCAUGUAUGGGGGUAUCAUCACUCACUCCAUUAUUUGUAAACUGCACCUUAGCAGUCUGGCAAAGUCCCCCAACCAGUGUUGUAAAUUAUCCCUGAAAAGCCCAGAGGGGAGUGGAUAAUAUGAUAUUUACAUUUACAUGAGAAGAUGGAGUAAUCCCAAGCAAGAACCAAACGCAGUAUGCUCGCAAGCCUUAAGCUUUCUCGGCACUUGCUCCUGCCGCCUUGAUGUUCUUUAUGGCGAUAUCUUACCGGUCUCUUUAUGUGUUAUAUGACUGACCAGAAAACGAAAGCCAGGUUCUAGUUAGACAAAAGCAUAGACACGAGCCCGAGCAUACGAAGCUUGUGCAGCUACUGUGAGGACUACCGCAACAUAAGCUUUUGCAUAAUAGUGUGAAAACUUUGUCAAUGUUCUUGUUGUGCUGAAAUAAUGCUGACGCAUAGGUUGAUGUUAUUCCGAGAGAGAAAUUUGCGACAUUUUUUUUUCUUCUUCUUCUCUACUGUCAUUUAUCUAAACGUGGCGGUGUCCAAAUAGAAAGCUCUUGCCGCUACUUUGGACACUCCACACAUAUGUACGCUAUCUCUUCGUAGCCUAAUGAUUACUCAUUACCCAUUUUUUUCUCCUUCUAUUUGUAUAUAACUUGUGUAAAUGCCCUAAAAAGAAGUGUAAAAUGAAUUGAAUUGAAUAGCAUAAGAGCAAGCUGUUUUGUAAAUAUAUGAAAUAACUACUUUUUGUCAUAAUUUUUGCAGAGGUAUCCAGAAGCCUGGACGACGAUGACGAAGAUCCCGAUGAACUGGGUUCCGAUGAUGCAGACAAAGACACCCUUACUACCAAGCCGGUGGUCUCCACUAUAAAAUCUGAAUCAAAGCUUAGACACUUCGCCGAUAUUCCUAAGACAGGAAAAACUCACAAGCUGACAGCGGGUAAAAUUGCGUCGAGCUCAGCCAAAGAAACUAAACGAACGUUCGCAUCUGGUGCGCAUAUCGCUGCCAAAUCAGAUGUAACAUAUUCGAGGGUUCCGUUGAGGAAAAUGGGUGUCACAGAAAAACGUAAACAAAUAUUACCAUCGGGCAAAGACAGUUUUUCUCACGUAACAAGUAAAGCCAGAGCGUUAAACGUAAAUGGAGCUGACAAACACUCCUCAGAAGUGUCCAACAUGGUGAGACCCUCUGAUUAUCCUGCCAGAAAAGAAACGACAAUCCACGGACAUACACGGGGAAACGAAACACCCAAACAUGAGCGACAUUCUAGUCCCACUUUAGUUGGUAAUCGUCAGUAUCAAGCCAGUGAUCUAUGGAUUUUCAAAGGGUCGAAAUUUGACCCAAAGAGCCGGAAGGUUCGUGUUCAAAGUUUUGCCAGUCAUUCUGCAGAGAAGAGCUUUUUGAAAGAUGACGAAGUAGGAAGUUCUCAAAACUUUGAUAGCAGCAGUUAUGAAAAGGAGGGUUUAAGUGCCGACGGGGAAAUGAGUGGAGAUGAUGUCGUAAGUGGAGACGUUGACUCAAGUGGCGAUGGUGAUUUAAGUCGAUAUGGUUACUUAAGCGGGCACAGGCUUCCAAUUAGAGCCGUUAAAGAUUCCAGUGAAGGUUAUAACGAUGUGAGUGGAGAACGAGAAGGCCAGAACGACUCUGAGGACGAAUCAGGUUAUGAUUUAAGUGGAGAAGAUAAACGUUUUAGUGGAAACGAUGAUGAUUUUAGUGGAGACAGCGUUGACACGAUGACCUAUAAUCCAAUGCGACACAAACUAUCUGCCGGGGAACGCGAGGAAUACGAGACAACCAGAAAAACGGUUGACGUUAACUUUUCUGGUUCUGGUGACGGGGAAAGUGAUGAAGGUUCUGGAGAUAACAGUGAAAUUCAGAAGAAAACGUCCUUGAAUAAGAACAACAAAAAACGUAAAAUGGAUCUUGUUGAAGCUUUAGAUGACCUUGAUGAAGGCACCACUAGAAAAUCAGGACGCGUUGUUCCUUUACCUCAACGCGGAAGUGCGACGAUGAAAAGCAAAGUUAAAGCAAACAGCAGUCAUCCAAAAUCCCAAGAAGAUGUCAAAGAGAUAAAGGGAAGUAAAAUUAUCGAGCAUCUGAAUGAUCUCGGGUCUGGGGACACCGAUAGCGAAACAUCUUCUAAAGAAGUUGCAAAAUUGCAUCGAGAGGCAAACAGUUCAAGAGAGGAAGGCGAAAAGAAGGUAAACAAGAAACUCCGAAAACUUAAACACAGAGACAAUACCAGAGAGAAAAGUGACCUUAUGGAAGAAGUAGACGCUCUCGGAUCAGACGGUGAUGGUAAUGAGAAAAUAUCGCAAAGCGUUGAACAUUUGCUGCCCGAAACUAUCAAUUCGACAAAGAAACGGGAAAAGGUAGACAACAAGCAGAUCGGUCCUAAACAAAAAGACAGCCUAAGAAGGAAGAGUGAACUUGUCAAUGAUCCAGAUGAUCUUGGAUCAGACGAUGAUGAUGAAAAAAAAGCGAGAAAAGCUACACAUUUUCUUCAAGAAACUAGAACUUCGAAGACAGCAAAGACUUGGCAAAAGGCAGGCAAGGAGAACAUGAAAUUGAAAGAGGGCAGUAUAAGUAAGAAAAGUACCAUAGCUGAAGUUCCGAAUAGUCUUACAUCAGCUGAUCGUGAUGAUGAAAGCAAUCGGAAAGUUUUGAUUGCGCAUAAACAAACUAACAUUUCAGAGGCUGAAAGCCAAAGUAAAACGUUCCUCCGAAAACAAGUGAUUGUUAAAUCCCAAAAAGAAGGAUUCAAAAGGGAGGAAAUUGAGUACGCUGAAGAUCCAGAUGAUCUUGGGUCAGAUAACGAUGAAGAGGAGAAGUCAUCAAAGGCGCUUUCUCGAUUGUCUUACCAAAUAAGCACUCCAAAAGUGACAAAGAACAGAAAAAAUCAUCAGGCCCUCAAAAAAGGAGGCAUUGUUAAAGAGAAGAUGGAUUUUGUCGAGGAUGUAGAUGAGCUUGGGUCGGAUGACAGUGAUCCGCUGUCGGCCAAUCAAGACACUUCAAGGAAAAUGGCGACGAGAUUACCUCCGCAAACUCAAGUUUCAAGGACAGGCAGAAAGCAACAGAAAUUCAAUAGGUCAAGUUCGACAAAAGAAAAAAUAGAUUUUGUUCAAGACUUACACGAUCUCGGCUUGAAUGACGACAAGAGUGGUACAAGUAAGUUAAGAAAACACGACGCAUUGACGCCAACAAAAGUUACCAAACUAUCGAAAACAUCAAACCGUUCGAUAUCGGGCGAGAAAAAGAAGAGUGUCAAAUAUCUGAAAUCAAGCGACGGACAAACUGCGAGUAAUCUUAACCUUGCUGAAGAUUUGGACGAUCUCGGAGCAGACGACGAUUACUUUGAUGAAACUAAACCAGAACAACCCGCCUUAAGUUUGCCUGUGAGAACUAAUGACACAACAGGACAGAUACCUAGUGUGCAGCGGACGUCCAGUGAUGGGCACAUGGGCUCACCGUCACGAAACAAGGACACAAAACAGGCGUCCACUACUUUUGGGCUAUCAGUGGGUGAUAGUAAUAAAUCGCACAUUGUGUCAAGACAGUCAGGGCACAGUGUUUCAGGUGGUUUAACUCAUCAUGGUAUAAGUCGUAAAGGUGGUCAUGUGUUGGGCCCAAUUCAGGUCAAAGGCAAGAGUGAUCUAACAAAGGCGAGUCGUGUGAAAGACGAAAAACAGAAACAACAAACUGUGCACAUCGAGGAAAAGGAACCUGGACAAGCUGCUAGCCUAAAACAAGUGAAAAAGCCUUCACCCUCGAUAAAGGCAGAAAAUAUUCUGAAUUCUAACAGCCGAGAAGCAAUUGUUCAAAAUAAAAGAGCAAAAGGAAACAGCACAAACCCUCAUCAAGCAAAGCUGACAAUCACAGAACCUACAAAAACCAAAAAGGUCCCUACAUCUAGUGAGACGCUAAAGACGAUAACUAAGAAUCGCUCAGAUGGUGUUCUACUCAACAAUCAAGCAACUUUAACAAGGACCAAGACAGUAAUGGCACCCAUAGCAUCUAAUGACAAACUGAAAGUCAGUGUGAAAGCUCAUAUAGCCAACAAAAAUCAUCUCAAUGUAACAUCUAAAGAAAGGGCAGAAAAAUCAACUUUGAGAGAUGAGAACAAGAGCGCGAUAAAAGCAAACAAGCCCAAGGAAAGCGUUGCCUUAAAAAGGAAAGACACUGCAAAACAGAGGAAAACACCAUCCAUAGAUAGCCACAUAGAUCGUAGUACAUUUGCUUCCAGAAAAGGGACGAAAAAGUCCUCUAAGGUGUCUUCAAAAUUCGAGGUCAUAGAUGAUCUUAUGAAGUUUGCCCAUCGCAAGAAAUCAGUAAAAAAGAAAGUUGAACACUUUGUUGCGUGGGGAAAGAAAACCUCUUCUGGUAAAACGUUUCCUCGGCAACAAGGUCGUGAGAAGGUUUUAACAAAUGACAGUGGUACAAUAAGAGGGAAACAACCGAUGACUCUUCAUCCUACUAAAACUAAGACAAUUUAUCCUGUGCAUCGAAAAAAGGUAAUUAUCAGCCAUCUGCAAUCUUCUGGUAAGCUGGCAGCGAAAAAAUCACAGACAACAGCAAGUCCCCCAGUUUCACGUCAUUUUCCACUUACAACGCAGUUCCAUGCAUCGUCUAAAAAGAACGGUUCUUCGUCGUCUACUCUUGCCUCCAAACCUCAUUUCCGAACGCAGGAAGCAAAUCCUCCAGAAAGAAAUCAAAACACCUAUAACAGAGCAUUUUUAUCAUUAAAACAACGCAGUAACGAGCAAGUGUUGGAUAACAAGAGUGAACUCUUGGCUCAUUUCCGUAAUGUGAACGGUAGUGAUGGUGUUGAGUUUUCAGUUAAAACUAGUGGUAGCCACCACAAAGAAAAACACUCGAAGCACGAUUUGUCUUUUGACCUGGAUGAUAUAGGAGAUGCUGAUUUCGACAUAAUGAUGUCAAAUGAUAUCCCACACAAACAUGUACCUGAAAAGAAAAAGAGUAAACAAUCGAGGGAGAAGCACACGAAGAGUUCUGACGAAAAGCAGCAUGACCCUAGUCCAAAUAGCCUUAAAAAGAAAAGAAAGAACAGUGAUGGAGAACUGAGAAAUAAGGGAGAGGACAAAAGUGAAGAAUCAGAGCCGGAUUCUAAAACACACCACUCGCAUCACAAACACAAGGAAAUAACUAACGAUAUCAUCACCCGCAAACGUCAUCAUCAUCAUCAUCAUCUCCCCCUCAAAGAAACUGAUAAUAAUGUUGACAGUAACGAUCGCGAUGAAACCCAUUUUUCCAAAAAGGUUGAGAAAGGUAGGAGCCAUGAUGAGAAGAAAUCACACCGUCAUGACAGACACGAUACAUCUAACAGUGCUGAUGAGAAGGACAGUGAACACGUGCAUCACCAUCAUAAGAAGCACAGGCAUCGAGCCACGGCAGCUAGAAAGGAUGACUUUAGCGAUGAUAAGGACAAUGAUGAAGACUCUAAAGUUAAAAGUGACCAUAAAAAGAGAAGGAAAGAACGUGAUAAGGCCAAAAACGAUGAUAAAUCAGAGAAAGGUGAAAAGGUUGAACAUCAUAACCAUCACAGUCACAAAGCACAUUCGAAGAAGUAUGAUAACAAUGACUGGGAAGGGAAUAUCAUUCCUGGAAAAGUAAAGCUUGUUUAUGAGAAGGAUAGUGACAGAAAACGACAUCAUAAACAUAAGACUCGAAGCGAAGAGGAAAUAAAUCCCCACAAACGAAAACAUGUUUUCGAGGCAAAGAAAAGUCGCGAAGAUUCUGAAAAUAGCAAAGACGAUAGUCAUUCUCAUCAUGAACAUCAUACUCAAAGUGAUGAUUAUAACCAGCGCAAAAAACAUGCGAAAGACCACGAGGCUGUGAAAAAAGAUGAUUCAGAAGAAAAACUAAAGAUUACAAAUGACAAUGAAGAAGGACAUGCAGAGAAAAAGAAGGAAGUGAAUUACGAAGCGAUUAAGACCGGACGGCAUAGGUUUGUUCAACACGAAGACGAUAAUGAAGGAGAGACCCAUCAGGGAGACGAUUAUGACAGUGAUCGUGAAGACGGUAGUUCGUGGACAAGUAAAAAAGAUGACAAAGACGAUGAAAAUGAAAAGAGCAACGACAAUGAUAACAACAGCGAUGAACGUCGUAAGAGCGACGAUAGUGAAGAUGUAAAUGAGAAUGAUGCUGAUGACGAUGAUAAAGAAGAACGUCCUAGUAAAGAAACCAAGAAGAAUAUGGUUGUUUUAGGCGAGGAUUCUGACAGUGACGAUGAUGAUGAUGAUGAUGAUGAGCCGAAACAUUCCAGAAAAGUUCAUGAAAGACGUCAUGGUCACAAGCACGUGACUGAACAUAACAUCGAUGAACAGGAAAACGAAAAGGAUUAUUUGGAACAUAAAUACCACGAGGAAAAUCAUAAAACUGCUCUUCAUCAUAGGCGUAGACAUAAAUAUCACAGGCAUUUGAAAGCAAAACACAGACAUCACGAAUCAGACUAUGAGAAUAAGGAAGAUGAUUAUAACGAUGAAAAUGAUGACGAUGAUGAGGCAGAAUCUACAAAAUCUUUUAUUAAAAACAAGAAAGAAAAAGAGGAUGAAAUACAAAGAGAUCACUACGACAAAAAGAGAAAUAGAAAGAAACAACAUUAUCAUAAUACAGCCGAGAGCUCUGAAGAAAGCAAGGACUAUCGCGCCAGAAAAUUUCACAGGUCACAUCAUCGUCAUCAUCAUUUAAGACCAGUUGUUGACAUUGAUAGAAUCAAGGAGAGACCUGCAGGCGGAUACGAACCAGAUGACGAAAAAGAUCAUGUCGGGAACGACGAAGAACACGAUGAGGAGGAGAAAUUUCCAAGGCGUCAUCGUACUCAUGAACACGGACCCGCUGAAGAAGAGAACGAUAACGAAAAUUUUCAACGAGAAAAAGAGGGCUCUGAUGAUCAUUUUGCCCCACCUGAACAUGACAGAGGAAGGUGGAAGUUCAAGGCAGAAGAGUAUCACAGAGAAUUUAAAGGCGCUUCUCAUCAACUCGAUAAUCAAGAUUUUUCCGAUAAUCGCUUUAUGGGAGAAGAAAAUCAUAAAGGUUAUCAUCACAACCGUCGUCCGGAAUAUAACGAACGACCCAAAUUUAAGCCGAGAAAGAGAAAAAAGGAAAGAUGGAAGAGUCGUUAUUACUACAACGAUAAUGAAGAUCAGGAUUAUGAGGAUUCAGGUGGAUUAUUUGACUCGUCCACAUGGACACCCAAUGAGAAUUACGAUUAUGACGAUUUUUAUGGUGGGGAGGGCAAUCAUGAGAGGAGGCAUUAUCGAAAAAAACACCGCAAAUACAAGAAUCGCAAAGACAGGCAAAGCUAUGAAUACUGGGCUUACGGCAACCAGUAUCCGUACUACGGUUACAAGUACCACAGGGUUCGGUCUAGGUACCAGAAUAACCAGCGGCAACCGAAUCCAUAUUAUGACUGGCGUAACAGAUACAGAAAUUACAAUGGAUGGAAAUCAACGCCCUCACAUUGGUAUUCGAACAAACAACCGUGGGAUGGGACCAGGUCAUGGCGACAUCAUCCAAAAUGGACACAACGAUUUGACGAUUACAAGCCAACAGGUUACCAGUGGCACAAGUUUUACGAUAACAACGAUGAUUAUCGUGAUAGAAAUCAACCCAGACCCACUGCAUACCCAAGAGAGGCGUCCACGUUUCUGCCACCCACGAGCUCAAUAUGGCAAAAACAGCUUGAUGAUUCUCAUAGAGGGUUUAUAGGAGAUAAGGGGCUGUCUCAAAAUCGGGAACCUGGUAAUAAUUAUCAAGACUGGAGUAGAUAUAAACCGUCUGCUUCUUUAAAUCAGGCUUCAAGUACUUACGGUCCACAGCAGCGUCCGCUAGCCGGUUUUCAGCCCCGACCUAAUCCAGACGCUGUGAAGCCAGCGGACCAAACGCAACCGUUGGGAAUAUUGUCAAAUUAUGUUCCUCCUGCUUCUCAGCAAGGACCAGGUCGGAUCGACAAUCAGACAAGGUUUCGUCCAACGGUGAGGCGGCAGUAUGCAGGCACCCCACCUCUCAAGAUCUUAUCACCAACAAAUGAUUUUAUAAAAAUAAAGAAUCUUAUGGAUACAUUGAACACUUCGUCCUCUGCUAGCAAUAUCCAGCCACCUACCAACGUCACAAGUAAUGUUCAGAACAACGCUAACAUAAAGAACGGUCUUCCCAAGACAAAUGUUUCCAGCAGUGGUCAGGAUGAAGAUCAAAAGCGUCUGAAUGGCUUCUUCAAUGAAGAAAAUGCAGGAAAGAAGUCAGACAUUUUACGGCCAAAGAACAACAGUCAAGGACAGGCUGCAACGAAUGUCUUGGGUAAGUGAUGUGUCAGGCGUAUUUAUUUAAGAGGAGAAAAUUGUGGUUUUAAUUAUUUCACAUGUAUCUCUCUUAAUAAGAGAUUUAAUCUCAUCUCAUUCGUUACAUAAAGAUUUGCCUGGAAAUGGGUUUAUACCAAUAUUCAUAAAAUGGAUGCUAACAAUCGUUGUGACGCUCCAAGGUUCCAGUUGCUCUAAGGCGGUGUAAAAGUUAACUCUGGGUUAAGAUCACCUUCGAUUGGAAUAAUUGUCACUUGUCUCCUCUCAUCCAUGCCGUUACAUUAAAUUAACUGUCUGACGCGCCAGCCUGCGUCGUAGACGUAGUUUAACUUUAUUUAGUAACGUCGGCGAAGUAGCACUUAUAUUCUUGUUCUAGGCCCCCAAGGGACUCGACGAAUUACCGGAAGUGUGUUACGAAUUUCUUUUCAUCUUGAUUGGAAAAUCGACAAUAGCUUUUUUAAAAGGCCAAUCAUUGCGCGUACUCAAAUCCUGGUACUAAGGCGGGGGGCUAGAACACAGAUUUCAGCGCUGCUUCGCAGGCAGACUUAUCAAACCAGAGUUUAGUCUCGUCUGUAAAGCAGGCUGUCUAACGCUUGAAAUGAAAGAGUUCUCUUGCAAUCUCCAUUGCAGGUAACAAUAAUCAAACGGAACAACAUACCGUACCCAAGACUACCAGCACCCCUGCUCCUGCUAAGUUAGCACCCCAGCCCACCAAAGCGGCUGAUAAAACCAGCAUAACUCAUACCAUCCCGAUACAUACCACAACAAACAACCACACCAACACAACAAGCACACCGAAACAGGAUGCGCAGACAAGCUCGACAACAGCUGCACCGACGCAAAAGAGUACAACGGAACAAAGCACCGUUGCCCCGAACAUUGGAGACGUCUCCCAAUCGGACGAUUCGUCAGGUACAGUGAAAGUUAAUGCUGAAUACCAGACGGUAUUUAUAGAAGUAGACGAGAACGUUCUUUAUUAUGUGGCUGAAACUGCCAGCGGGCAAAAUGAAGCGAAUGCUGUGUCUUGUUGGCUUGCCCCCUAGGAAUUUCCUGCUUUGAUUCCGCUAGGAAAAGUUCUGUUCCUAGCCAUAUGUUAAAUCCUUUAUUGACCAGGCUUGCUUGGUCAAGGUGGCUGGAAAUUGCCCUCGUUCGUUUUUGCGUUGUUAUUGACCUGGACUUGGCCUCGUCCAUUAAAACGCCAAAUAAAGGAAUUUGGCCAAUAUCCAGCAAUCUUAAUCUCAAGCUUGAACAUGAAAAUAAUUAUUUUGUGAGCAUAGACAGACUUUUUCAGCGUUGAACUUGAAGAGGUGAAUUUUUCUGAUAGUCAUUACAAAGUGUCCUCGUGAAAAGUUUCUUCUCUUCUUCCUAGAAACAGGAAAGAAGCAUCGCAAACAUCGAGCUCCCGUAUGCAUUGCGGGAAAAACCACAGAUGACAUUACUCUGCUACGAGGAAAAAAGGCGGGAAAUUUUACGAACAUUGGUGACGUGGGCGAUUUCGGUAGGUGCAUUAAGCGUUGCUGUCAGCAAAAAAAUUGUGACCUGGCCUUCAAAUCGUCAGAGACCUGCUUCCUGGUCAGUUGUUUUAGUAAGGAGUCGUGCAAGACCUCGCCUUCCCUGGAUGAUAUAUUUAGUCCCCGGAUGUGUUUCGUCAGGAGGCAUUUGCUGCAGAGUGAGAGAGGUAAUGAAUAACAUUAAGGGCUGUGUAAGUUGCAAAGCCCGACUUCCAUAGCUGAAGAAGAAGAAAGAAAACAAAAAACACAAUAUAACUAAAAUGAAUGUCUUUCACCCAGAUCCUCAUACAGUAUACAUCAACACACGACUUAAGGUCGGAAUGAGGGUUUGAAGUUUCGAGAAUGUAUGAAUCCCCAGACUGUGAAAACUAAACACAAUACACAAGUUCUAUUUUCAUACAGACACCUCACUAAAGCGGAACGUUCUGCGUUUCCUAAAGAUGCCAAACUCUUUUCUUCCGCUAAAUAUGCCCCGGGAUCUUCUUUGCAGUAUUCUUCUUAUGCAUGUUUCCGUCAACCUCGAGUACAUGCAUUUGACGACCAGGUCCCGGUUAUUCAAAAGUUGGAUAGCGCUGUCCACCAUAGUAUUAGGAAAACGAAAUGCCCUAUCCUUUGGAUAGUAAUUUAUCAGUGGAGAGCGCUAUCAACUCGCUAUAAACGAGUUCCCAGGGUAGUAGAGUUGAAAACAAUACCCAUGCACAAAGUUUAAAAGUGCAAAACAUUUUCUUUAGAAGGUGAACAAACGCAUUCGGUGUAUGGUUACAGCAUUUAUUGCAGUCUUGACUCUAUCCAUUGCCAUCUGAUAGCAUUUGCUGCCUUUUGAUAGCAUUUAUUGCCAUUUGGAAGUAUUUAUUGCCGUUUCAAAGUAUUUAUCGCGCCAUUCCCUGUCAUUGCCUUUAAAAAGGCCCAUUGUUAUCUGGUAGAAUUCAAAUAUAAUUAUUUUUCAGGGAGAGGUCAUGACGAUGACGAUGAUGAUGAAUGGAACGAUAAAGUUUCUCCAUCGGGUAUGUAAUUAUAUAUAAUACUUUGAGUAUAAGAAAUACGUAAUACUAGAGAAGGUUAAGUUGAAAGGAGCUGUCGAUUCCGUCUAAAAAGAAAAGACCCAACAAAACUUGCUUUGCGAGUUGAAAUAUAGCUGGCCUUACCCGUAAGCGACCACAUGAAUUGCCAGGAUUUAGCGAUCUCUUAAGGAAUGUGAUCGUUUACGAGUAUUGAGCGAAAGGGGCCCCUUAAGUGAAGAGGACCGAGAUUUCUACUCAACUAUGCGAAGAAAGAAAGCACUGACAAGUCAUCAUUAAAAAAGCGCUUCGCACACUCUGAGCCGAUCCUGGAGGACAUUGGGCAUGAGAUAGAAAAGGAACGAUAGAUCGCUCAUGAUCACAUCAUUCUAUUACUACGUUAGCUACAGGAAAGCUUUAGUCAUCUGAAGACUUUUGCCUUCUCUGCACACGACUGAUUUUACACUUGUGUACUGAAUAUCCUGGCCUUGAAUGGAAGCGAGGCUGAUGAUGACCUUGUUUUGAUAGGCCCUCAGUGCUUUUUAAGUGUAAAUCACGUUCUUAAGGCUUCUAUCAAAACGUGAUAACUUUCAGCCUCGUUUUCACUCAAAUAAGGCUUGGUUACUGGGCAUACAACUGGGAAUUAGGGUUUGCAACUUGUAUUAUAUUACUUUGAGUUUUUUAGGAAUUCAGGAGGAGUGUGAGGCCGAAAGAGCUUUAGGGAUAAUGUGGACGAAAACAGGAGCCGGGCAUUAUUCAAGACACCCGUGUCCACGUGAAGCUAAAGGUAGGGGAGACCCCUGGGGGAGACCGCUACAUAGGGCUCGGGGUCAGGGUCACAAGGAGGAAACCAAACACCUGGGGGGUACUUUAAAAUAUUUAGGUGAGGCUUUUCUCAGGGCCUUGGAACCCCUACCCCGCCUUAGACUAAUCAAAGCUCAAAAUUAAUUUGUACCAUAUCUCAGACCAUAGUUAGUAGAGGAGACUGGUCUUGGAGGCUGAAAACGUCAAAAAUGAAUAUAACGGAGCCGCAGUUUAUAUUGAGCGCUACCUGACUGUGCACAAUCGUUGUUUAGAUCUUCACAAAUUUUGACUUAAUAAAUUAAUUCGACGUUUCUGUCUGUCACUGAGUUAGAUCAAAAUGAUUGGAAUUACGUGCAUGGUCAACUUCCACAAAAACCAAGUAGAUAUAAUGACAUCGUGUAUUGGGCUUCAUUAUAACUGCAAUUUAUUAACUAUGCUUAGAAUUAAGAGUUUGAAUUGUAUACAGGCUCCAUCUCAAACCAGUGGGGAAAAGAAUGUUUUUAGGUUUCAGUAACUUUCUCGGCAUUACUUCAACAUCGUUUGUAUUUUCGCGUGUUUAAAGUAACCUGAUUUGGAUAAGCUGAAAUUCAUAAAAUAACUAACGGGCAUAAGAAAAUUACGUCUUUACCCAUAUUUAACCAAAUGACGUUCUAAGCAAUUUUCCGUCUUGCCAACCGUGCCUUCUAAACAUUGUUUGUUGUUAACAGUAUAUUGAAAUCUUACAACCUUGAUAGGAAUUUUUUUUAUCUACUGACAAAUACGCUACUAUUGUGGAAAACCUUUUGGGAUCACUGAUUUUCCUUUUUCUUUUCUUUUUUUUUUUGCCAACUCAAAUUUCUCUUUUUUUUUCUUUCCACUAGGUUUCGUUAAACGACGUUGUGAGGCUGAUUCAAGAUGGCUGCCGCCAAAUUUUAGUGAUUGCGUUUCUAAUGAUUAUCAAGCGCUAUUUGAAAAGGUAAAACAAAAUAACCUUUCAAAUUUUCAGCGGACUAAACAUAAAGCAAACGGGUAAAGGAGAAACGUAUUUUUAGAUUAAAAGCAUUACAUUGCAGUAAAAAGUCAAUGGAGCGUUUUCACUUGACGUCACCGACAUAUUGGUGUCCCAAGGCAAUAUAACGGCGGCCAUAUGUUGGUGUCCCAAACCAGUCCUAUGGAAGUUGAACUCCUAUCUUGUAAAGACUUUCUUUUGUCACGUAGAUGCUGGUCACGUGAGUGUAAACGUUCUAUAAACUCCAUCUGGGGUUAAUUUGGUGAAACUUUUACAAGUACAAUUUACAAGUGUAGCUAUUAUUUUAAGGUCUCAAAACAAUAGCUACAUUUGUAAAUUGCACUUGUAAAAGUUUUACUAAAUUGACUCCUGGUUUAAAUUUCACGUAGAACAAUACAAUAGCUGAAAGCAAUUGGAUUAACAGUCUCAAGAGGGGAUUGCAAGUCACAGUGUUUUAAGAUUUUCAUCACAGGUUCACCCUUAGUUGAAAAUGCAACUCAGUCUUAGCAACAAAACAAGCCUUGUAUUUUUGCGAAUGCAGAAAAUUCAAUAAUAACAUAACAUACACCCAAUGCAACAAUGGCUGCUUGAUUAAUAUUCUUUUGUUUAGAUUAAAUUUAGCCUGACUAGCCUCGCUUGAGAUAAGGCAUUCUUUUGAAUUUUGUGCUUGAGAACGAGGCUAGUAAGGCUGAUUUGAAUAUGUACGAAAGAAUAUGAACUACUCAGGCCAUUUUUGCCUUGGGAAUAUUGUUCACUUCGGGUAUGUAUACUCUCAUCAGUCCAGAAAGCUUGCCGGUGGUGCCGACCCCAGUCCCCUCAUCCGGGAACUCUCACUGCUGACCACUCAAAACAUCGAUAACUCAUUGAUCUUUGGGGGAGACCUGGACCGAGCUUCAGAUAUCAUGGCAGCCAUUGUUCAACACAAUGGUCAAACUGAUUCUCUGGACAUGACACGAGAGGACGUAGAGGUAACAAUUGUUGUGCUGGAAAGACGUUCAUACCAUAAAUGAUCUAAUUGACGCCCACUCUUAGAUAAACGUCUCUUGUGUAACGCCCGACCCGUACCUCUAAUGUUAAAUUUGUACAGGAACCCCUUGUCCAAUAGACGACCCCCCGUGACAAUUACACCACAAUAAAAAAAAGGAGAAAAAGGAGAAAAAAUUAUCUUCAAUUUAUUCAGUUACUUGCUUGAUUAGCCUGUUCAAUGUCAAGUUUAAAGAGGUUUAACGCUAACAACACAAAAAUGACUCUGAAUUAGGUUUCUGACAUACCUCUAAAUCAGAACUGUUAAUUACGGAGUGGGUUUUUCCGUUAGAUUAAUGGCCCAAACGCAAACAGUACGAGCCCAUGAAACAGGGGUGGGGCUAGAGGGUCUAAAGAGUCAGUUAUAUAGUUGUUCAUGCAGGUCAAGAACUUGUUCCAAUUGCAAUUUCUCACUUCAUGAUGUAGAAUAUUUUCAUCAAUGGUCCUUCUUAACUGAUGCCUUGCCGACGGUUAAGUAGAAAAGGUCAUAAAGAGAGAUGAUGGACUUAAAUCAAUCACACACUUUUCUCAUAUACAAUAAGGAAUUUGUCUCACCGCAGGGAGACUAAAAGCAGGGUAAAACGGGCAACAAAAACGUGCAACUUGUUGGGCAACAUUGCUGCAAAACGAGUUAAAUAAAGAAGAUACACGUUUUACCGCCCACGUUCAAACUUGUCUUGCAACAAAUCAGGUUGUUGCAGAAAGUAGAGAGUAGUUCUACUUUUUACAAUAAAAUUUGUGUAUGCUGCGAGUUUUACUGUCCCAAGGCAAACUUGGUUUGCAGCAAGGGACGUUACUAGGGUGUAUGGCGUUACUCCCGCGUAAUUUUAUCCAAUCAGAAGUCCGUAUUCACACAUCUUGCAGCAAACGCGUAACAUCGUUUUUUAACUCCUUUUGCAGCAGUGUUGCAAAUUUUGUUGCCCGUUUGGAUGGAUUUAGGUUUCUUGCAAACUGCUCAGCUACCCCUCCCGUAAGCUUACAUUUUGCACUAAGUGAGAAGUAAGUGAUAACGUUGGCUUCUGGGAGGAGUGAGUGGGCAGUUUCCCAGAAACCAAAAUUGAUCCGGCCGUCCUACCGUAGCUUAAGAUACAUGUACCAAAACUUGCCACGCGAAAGUAAGACUUACACCGAAGGAAGGCUAUGGUGCAUGCGCCAAAACUGUUGUCGGGAAAUGAAGAAAUCCAUUAUAUUUUUUGUACAUUUGAACAGAAUUUUGUCAGGGCGAGCAGCAAUCUCCUGGAUAUGACUAAUCAACAAGAAUGGUUCAACAUCCAGAAGGUAUGACAAAUAGGCAAAGAAUCUAAAGAAAAAGGUCUAUUUCGCUAUAAAGGAGCAUCGAAAGGCAAGGUUCUAAAAAGUCUUAAGAAAUAUGCCUCCAGGUUUUGUCUGAAAAAAUAGGAGGUUUAUAGCGCGUAAAAAGCUCUGUAAUAUAUGGCAGUAAGUUAUAAUUUCCACCUCAUGAAUGCUGGAAAUUGUUUUUUGUGACCUGAAAUGCUUUUUUUUACAACUGCUUAUUAGUUAAUCCCACACAGUAAUUUUUGGGGAGUUAUUUUAACUCCAAAAAUUAGAGUAAAAAUUUUAGGUACAUGAUAACCCCUUUUUGGGGGUUACUUUAACUCCUCAAUGUUAACUUCUGAAAAAGAGUUCUUUAAACUCCUUUUUGGAGUUAAAAUAACUCCGAAGAAGAUAACUCCACCGUAAGGAGUUAAAUUAACCCCACUAGAGGAGUUGUUAUAACCCCUUGAAAAUUACUGUGCAGUCGUUAUUUAUUUAUAUUUUUAUGGUUCAUAUUCCUAAAUAUUUAAGUUUUCCCCGUUGUUAUCCCAUGAAUUAUUUACGAGUUUUUCAUCCAGUCAACUUAGUAGUUAUAUUGUGUUUAAUUACCAGAAUAAACCAGGUAGUGCAGGUGUGCUUCGAUUAAUGGAAAUGUUCGCGCUUCAAGCUGCCAGAAGACUUCCUCGCGAGGAUAUGGCAGAUCCAGCCAUCACCAAUAACAUCAGUGAGUUACAGUUAAUGAUACUCCUAAGGUUUUCUAUUGAAGCUUUCUUGUGUCAAAUGUCAGCAAUAGAUUGAUAUGUUGGCCUAAAUAAGUCGGACUCGUAGCAAAUGACUUAGCGUAGACUGGCACACAUUGGGAUAUCCUGAACUGAUAGUGUAAAACUCACGAGCUCGUGUAGCACACACUGUGCAACUUCAUCCUUUACAUGAAAACUUUGCUGCUGGUUGACUUGCAUUUGACAAAUACAGAUCGUUUUCACCUUGCUAAAUUUCUACAACGACAUUUUUGGGUUGUCAAAUGUAUUUAACUCGUAAAAUCUGAAUUCUCGUACGCCUUCACAAUUUUUUUAUUUUUGUGCCUUCAUAAGCCAUUGUCAAUGUUUGCUUAUACGAGGCUUAUUUUUUGCCAUAGUCAUCAAGCUGGACCGGAAGUCGCCUGGUGAAGGAGGUCUGACCUUCCCAGACUUCUCCAAUCCAAGAAUUGAUCGUUGGGAUGCAAGGCAUGACGUCAUCGCCCUACCUUCGUCUGUCUUUGAUCAGGGUAUGUAACAAAAUGCAGAAUUCCUGGUUGUAGAAACUACAAAGGUAACAGGUACGACCUUUUGGCGCAACGAUUUCUGGGAUAGUUUGGGUGGACAAGUGUCACUUAUGAUUGAUUAAUGCUUGCCUUGAACACCAUCGACCAGUCAUGACUAGCGAUCCCAGAAAUCAUUAUAGCUUCUGGAGUUAGGAAUACCCCGCUCGGUUGCAAGUACGAAUUUUUAACUUUGACCCUUUAAAAUAAUCAGCGGAUCUGCAGUUCGCUUUAUUAGCGGCCGGGGUUAUUUUCAUUAGCUGCUUCUUAUUUUCAUGAAUGACGUUGUUGACUAUGAACACCGUAUAGAUACCAACUCCUUUAUUGCAGACACUGUAGGGACCUCGAAUGCAUGUCCUCAGUAGCGAGAGUCCAUAAUAGCGGGAGUUUAUUUUAGUCAAACGUCUGUAAUUUGUCUUUGCCGGGGAUUUAGCUGCUGUCCGUAUUAUCGGGUUGUCUGUUAAAGCGAGGUGUCCGCAAGGCGAAAGUUGACUGUAGGUCGAACUGAAACGGAACAGAACUGGAACAGGUCGUUCACAUACGGGUACAUAGAACAUCUUGCCGGAGUGGUUGGUCGAGAGGGUUAUGUUGCCUAAAUUCCAUUCCGAUAUAUUAAAAUUCAUACUUGACUGCGAGGCUGGGGGGAAUAAAACAAAAGAAAUUAUCUUGAGGCUCAGCAAUGAAUAAUAGAUUUCUUUUGUUUUAUUCCCCCAAGCCUUGGAGCCAAGUAUGAAUUUUAAUAUUUCGAAAAUGGUCUAUUCUCACCCCUGAAUAUUUACUUUCUUCUCGGUCGGUUCCAGUCCUCUUUCCCACUUAUUAACCUCCGCUACAAGCCGAAUACCUGUUCACACCACAGCAAGGUGUGGCACAGAACCUAUACGAUAAGCGGCGUUCCACUCUCGGGAUCGGCCCGGCGCAGCUUCGCUCCGUUACAGAAAUCGCGCCAAAAUCACCGUUCUUAUGUGUGAACAGAAGCCCUACCCGGUAUGGUUUGGUGCCGGUGCAAAAGCCAUUCGGUGUAGUGUGUACAUUGCAUGCCUUAUAAAGCUCAUGAAGGUUUCUCUGGGCAUUGGGAAUUGCUCGCUCGGAAGCUAUUGUUUGGUGGUCACUCAAGCAAACUUUUGCAGUUAGUUUCGUACGCCCAAAUGCCCAAUGCCUAACUUCAAUUGACCAAUUUCCAAAUCAACCUUUAUUGAAUUAGGUAUAUAUCAACUCGAGGAUAAGUAUUGAAACGAACUGAAAACAAUGUUCGUAAGAGCAAACAAUCCCUUUGAGUUUACAAUGUGCUUUUUAAUCUCUGGUGUCUGUAAGAAGAAUCAUAUAAUGCAGUCAAAGUCCGUCAGUACGGACAUUAGGGACCUUAAGCAAAGACGUUUUUGAGCCACGCACGUCAACCGGAAGUGAGGCCUUCUCCCUUUUUAUAUGCCUUGACGCUAACAAACUUGUAUUGCUGAGUUUCUUUUCUCUUUUAAAGACGAUUUACCCGAGAGUUUCAACCAAAUCAUUCCCCAGUGAUUCAAAAAGUCCACUUCCGGUUGACGUCCGUCGCCCAAAAACGCUGUUGCUUAAGCUCCCUACUGAGACACGGGCACUGACCUCUACGGGCUGUAGAAAGUGUCCGAAUUAAAUAGGUGUCCGUAAAGUGUUCAAUAAAAGUACUUGACGAUUAUGACAAAGUUUUUAAACAUUUAGACUUUUACCCGGAACACUCCCUUGAGUGUUUGAUAUGGCCUCUCGAACUAUCGUGUGCCCCUAGUCUUAAUAAGACAGGUCCGUUAUUAUAAGAAUCCCUUCACUGCAAGACGUGUUGAAAAAGCUUUUAUUUAUUACUCUCUCUUUCUCUCUCUUUUUUUCCUUAGGAGAAGUAAGUACAGCCAGCAUCAACUUCAAAAGUUUGCCCUAUUUACUCCCCGACACAAAUGUUAGGUACGUUGACACACCUUCUUCUUGUUCAACACGUUUCCUAGAAACGUCGUGAUUUAACUCGUCCAUAUAGUGAAGAAUCAUUGCUGUUGAUGAUGGAGACCAUUUUUUAGAAUCACGUCAACGGCCAACUCAAUUUGACAAUUUCCUCAAAGCAGAGAAUGAGCGAAUAAAAACUGUCAAAACUAGCUCUUAUUGAUAAACCUGACAUGAAACUAUUAAUACUAUUAAACAUGAAACUAUUAUUACUAUUAUAUUAAACUGAGCGAAUCCUCGCGCGCUCAUUGGUCGAGAGCUAUGGUCUGUGAGAGUAUAGACCAUGGAAAUGACGUGACAUAUCACGCAUCGCCGGUUGUUUUGUUUUUGGUUUUUCGUGAUAAAAUAAAUGUUAUUGUAAAAAACAAAUCGACCAGAAUUUCCCAUUGUCUACACUCUUAUAGACCAUAGAAAUGACGCCAUAAAAUGUUGCAUUGAAACCACUCGCCUGCGGCUCGUGGUUCCACUUGAGUUUUGUACAUUUUAAGACGUCAUUUCUAUGGUCCAUAAGAGUGUAGACAGUGAAAAAUUGUGGUCGAUUUGUUAAUUGAGUAGCAUAAUUUAGAAAUGAGCAGUAAACUACAAGUGAAGGGAAAACUUGCGAUGGGGUACAAAUGAACGUUUCGGCUUUUUGUCGCAAACAUAGUUCUAAACCUCUCUAACUAUCUACUCUUAUAACUUCCCGGAUUGAGUCAACACUGAUUCUGGAGGGGAAAUAAAAAGUGCACUACAAAUUUAUAACGCUGGCGUGGAGCAACCAUAGCUUUAGGAAUAUUAUUGUACCCUUUGUGGUCUGGACGCUAGUCAACCACAGGUUUAUACCGUCAAGCGAUGUUGCUGGUUCCCAGUUUUACAGUCAAACGGGGAAAACCGUAAACACCAGAAAUAUUUCUGGAAUGUUAUUUUGUUCAAGAAAAAAGCCAAUCAGGCGUGAGAAAACUAAACCGCAAACAAGGACGUUAAUUUGUUUGUGGUUUUGUGGCCAGUUCACGUGUCCUGAUAUUUGCUGUGAUUGGUCAUAACCCAAUAAACAUUCCUGAGAUAUGUCAAGCGUUCUCGGUUUUCCCGGUCGCAGUGUAACGUCUUGACGGGUUGCAGGGAGACAAUUGAACAAAGUUGUUGUUGUUUUUUUUUUACCUUGACCAAGCAAGCCUGCGCGCAGACGUCUCCUGUGCGCUGCAAAGGAAACACUUGUAACGUGCACGCAGGCUAUGACCAACCUUCACCUAUGAAGUCCAACGAUAAAUACGUAGACCACACCACCCCUCGAAGGGAUAAAUCACAUUUCAGGAACUUACUCUCUAAGGGCCUGUUUGCAUGGAGGUGUGUGACCCCAGAUAGGUGAGGUAACAUGUGUCGAGUCACCCCACCUUUCAUGUAAACGGGAUCAAGUUAUAAUGAGAGAUUAUAUAGACAGACGGGUUACCCCACCUAAGCGGGUUACCUCGCCUACCUGAGAUCCCCCACCUCCAUGUAAACAAGCCCUAAAAAUUAUCCUUUUUUUCACAGUUCCGGUCUUGGUCCUAAUUCCAAAGUGAUAUCCAUAGUGAUGCACCCCCACCCGCAGGGGAAGAUCACCCCUCCCGUGACAGUAGUUCUUACUCAUAUCAAGGUAUUGUAGGCCAUAAAACUUGACUUCGGUACUGCAUGUCUCAAAAUACGGUAAAUUAUAAAUCAAGUACUCCUCAAAUUGCUUUAAGCAAAAACGUAAUGGGUAGACACUCUCUAUUCUUCAAUUGUUCAUCCGCUAAUCAGGGUGCAAAGAAAGUCAUUUUUACAGCGAGCUUGCCAUUCGGGCAAGCUGAAGCUAACAUUUACUAGCCCAAACGUCAUUUCAACUACCCACAAAAUUUUUGAUUUAACAGUUCUUCUGUAAGGUGAAUUCCUCAAACUGCAUUGUACUUGCCCGUCGGGCAAGUGAAGAACAGAAUUUACUAGCCCGAUAGCAAAAUCCGCUAGCCCCGGGCUAUCGGACACUACCUUCUUUGCACGCUGGUUAAUUCUUCGAUUAUGGUUUCAAACAAUACCCAAUUAUUGUUAAAGGGAACUCGGUAAAACCUAUUUUUCUUCUUGGCCAAUUAUACGCUGGUUAAUUUUUUCGAUAAUGGAAUGUUCAAUUUUUUUUUUUUUUUUUUUUUUUUUUUGCUUUUCUUCAUUCACCGCCGCCUGGUUAGCUCAGUUGGGGAACGCCGGUUCAAACCCCGGCCGGAAACCUAGGGUCUUUUUUCUUCUUUGUAAUAAUAUCUGCAAACGGCUAGACUUCCUAGUCUUCUCGGAUAAGGACGAUAAACCGUAGGGUCUCACAAGCCCUUGCACAUGUAUUAAAGUAAAAGUAAUGGAAUGUCAGUGGCUAUCUUUUCCUUGUUCAUGUAUGGGGCAUCAUUACUCAUUCCUUUUUUUUUUUUGGCAAAGUCCCCAACCAGUGUUUUGAAAAGCCCUGAGGGGAGUGGAUAAUAAGAUAUUUACAAUUUACAAUUUACAUUCAAUUGUUUGUUUUUACUACUGGAUGCGAUCAUCGUGCUAGAGAAAUCUUUUGACCUCAGGUGUUUUAUCAUUAUCAUUCUUAUUUUCUUCAUCUUCAUCUUCAUUGCAUUUGCAUUUGUAUAAUCAUUAUUAUAAAAAUUAUCAUCAUCAUCGGCAUAUUUUUUAUAUAUAUAUGUAGAGAAGAAGAGGAAAUCCUAAAUGCGUUUUUUGGGAUUACACAUUGAGGUAAGAAAUAUCAUAUGUGUUGUAAUUUUUUUGGUAGGAUUAAUUACAGACGUUUUAUUAUUUUAUCUAAAAAGAAAAAACAAUAAAGAAGGAGAUGUGAAUAGUAAUCUUCAACUCUUCACUAGAUCUCAUCAGAAAACUAGCGAAAUGCAAGAACUUGAGUAAGUAGAUGCAGAGGCAAAGUUAACUUUGAGAAAAAUAACAGUGGGUUUCUUCUGUAAGUACUGAGACGGUACCUGCAGAAUGACCCUGACAAUGUUUGUUUCAUCACCAGUCCCCAUAGAGGCGGGGCGUGGUCGUCACGUGGUUGUUGGUUGGCGUUCAAUAAUCAUUCUCACUCGAUCUGUCAGUGCAACCAUCUUUCAAACUUUGCAGUUCUUAUGGAUCUCUCAUCAGACGAGGUAAGACUUGUCACUAGCUAGCACUAGCUAGUCCAAUCAAAUAAUCAAACUAAAGGACUGAUGAGAAAAAUCCUCCUCACUGAGAAAAUUUAAGGAGCUGAGUAGCGACUCACUUUGACCGGAAGUGAGGCCUUCUCACUAUAUAUAUAUGCCUUGACGCUAACAAAUUUGUAUUGCUAAGUUCCUUUUCCCUUUUUAAGACGAUUUACCUGAGAGUUUAAACCAAACCAAUGAUGCAAAAAGUCCACUUCCGGUUGACGUUCGUCGCUCAAAAACGCUGUUGCUUCAGCUCCCUAAAGAGCUCCCUAAUAGUGGCGCAAAACAUUUUUAAACCGGGUGUAAAUAGCACAGCAAAUACAAAAGGAGGCACAGUGGACAAACGUGAAGAAAACUUGUUAGCCUCACAGUUAUUCAAAGUUCAUUCUUUUUGUCUUCAACGUUUAAUAAAAUGCUUGGGAGACGCUGUAUAGUGUUUAACAUGAAGAAGUGAGCUGGUCAUUUGCAAGCAAUUUCUUUGCUAACGUUAAAUUCCAUUGCGAAAAGUAACCGCUCAAAACGUUAAAAGUAGGAUUCACAUUCAGAUUGUUUAUUUUUUACUACAAAAUUUACAAUACAUUACAAAAGUUAGAAAAUAAAUUACAUAAAACAUCAAAGGUAUAAUGUGCGCAGUGACCAAAGGAACUCAGGCUUUCGAGUCGGUCACUGUCACUGACUAACUGGCAUAGACAUUUACAUAAAUACUACAAGUAACGUAUAAAGGAGGAAGGAAAAUUAAAAGUGCAUAAAGUCUUACUUACAGUUUUAUAUGAAAACAAUAAGUGUUAACAUGUGUAACAUAAGCAUGAAAUUACAUUGUUGUUUUGUCUUGCUUCUUUGUUCAUUCGUUUGUGUAUUUGUUUAUUUAUUACAGCUUAUAUAUUUCUUCUUUGUGUGUCUUUGUGUGUAUUUGUUUAUUUAUAACAACUUUGAUAUGCAGUUUCUUUUUUUGUUUGCAAUAUCGAUUUAUUAUUGACUUAAAAUUGAACCAAUUAUUUCGAAUGUCUUAACACUUUGAAUUUUAAUGGCCAAUAAGGAUUGUUGUUGUUAUUGAAGUUCUAAAAACUAGGGACCGGAUAGUUUUAAAAAGCUUAAGGGCCUGUUUACGGUGAUAGGUAUUAUGCAGAAAAUGCUACCAGCCCUAUCUGUCCAUCCCUUUAGGGUAGAAAUAGGUGCUAUAAACUCAAAUUAACAGCAGCAGCACUUAAAGGUUUUCAACGGAAUGAAUACUUUACCCGGAAGCGCGUAAAUUUAAUACAAUCACUUCUUUAUAGAGUUUGCAAAAGGAACAAAAGAGAGAGCGGACCAUGGCGCUCAUGUGGAUUGGUAUUCCUGUGCUGAUCGUCGGAGUCAUUGGAGGAUUGUACAUGUCCUUUAGUUGGUAAGAUUGCGUAAUGUAGAGGACAAAUAAGACGCUUAAAACACCGUUUCUUAUUUAACAUGGCUAGAUGUCAACCCUUUCUAAAUACAUUUUUUUCAAUUACCAGGAACAGAAAAUCUGGAAUACCCAGCACUGUUACGAGGCCGUCUACUUCGCGUAAGUAUAUCGUUUGGUCAUUCAGAUUGUGUAGUUUCAAACUACAGAUGUAAUAUAAACCUCAACCGUAAUAAAAGUUGUCGGUUAGUUGGCUGUGCAAUUAAUUCUGAACUUUAAUAUAUUUUUUUUAGCAACUGAAAAGAUAAUAGUAGCGACUAGAAUUUGGAUAUGGACAUCAUCUAAUAUCUUUUUCAAUUUCUUAGCACCGCCAAAGGAUUGUACACACCUUCAUAAAUUAGAUAGCCAUUCAAAGAGAAGCUGUCACAAUCGAGCUAUUCCACGUUAUUCACCGUUCACCAAAUCUAUAAAAAAAUUUUUUUUUCAAUUGGGUAUUUCAUGUAGCUUCGGGCAAGUCAAGUCCGAUAGAUUGUUUCACUCACGAGGAUAGCAGCUAUGUAAAUUUUGUUGGAACAAAAGAAAGGUUUUACUUGCAAAAUAGUUCAAUCCCCACGGGAUUUUUUUUGUAGCACUAAUAUGGCCGCCGUUUCAUUGUUUAGGUUAACCAAUAUGGCCGCCGUUUCAUCGUUUAGGUGCACCAAUAUGGGCGCCGUUUCAUUGUUCAGGUGCACCAAUAUGGCCGCCAUUUCAUUGUUUAGGUGCACCAAUAUGGCCGCCGUUUCAUUGUUUAGGUGCACCAAUAUAGCCGCCGUUUCAUCGUUUAGGUUCACCAAUAUGGCCGCCGUUUUAUUGCUUAGGUGCACCAAUGUGGCUGCCGUCUCAUUGCCUAGAUGCAGUACAGCACCAAUACGGCCGCCGUUUCAUUGCUUAGGUGCACAAAUACAUCCCCCGUUUCAUUGGUUAGGUGCACCAAUAUGGGUGUCGUUUUAUUGUUUUGGUGCACCAAUAUUCACUUACGAGUUAACUAUGGCUCGUGAUAAAUUUUAUUGAUUUCACCUUAUUAUAUUAUUUUAUUGUAGUAAACGAAAAAACUGGUUUGCUCGGACAAAGAGUGGUAACCAGCCAAGUUCGUGAGGAAUUUCCAGCAUCACCAACACGGGACUUGUAUCGUGCGCUGUCUCCUGGGUAUUCACCGACUGGUGACCUUGAAUGGCAGGACGAAUUUGAUUUUGAUGUUGAGUCUGGUGACCAGAGAUUCAAACAAAUGCUUCUACCGAAGCUUCAGUUGUUGCAGAAUCAGCUGAUUAAUGAGUUCUGCGAUGCCAGCAAAUUGGAGACGAAAAAGAAGAUUUUAAAUUCCAAGGUAAACGCGAUUCCUAUUCUGUUUCCAAAUCAACCUUGUAAAAGCUCCGAUAUAAAGGACCACUGUAAAUAAUUAAGUGAAAUCCUCAAGAAAUACCGUGGGAAACUUGAGUGUCUAAUCUUUGAAAUGUUAAUUACAGAGAUAAAUUUUCAUUAGAUACAUCCGAGGGUCACAUGCGUUAUUGAUAGUCCGCGGAGACUAUCAACAGAUACCCUUGAAAAACAAAGAAUCGAUUGAUUGAUUGAUUGAUUGAUUGAUUGACUGAUUGAUUGAUUGUUUGAACUACUGAUUGGGCUUCACAUUGUCUCCUUCUCCCUACUGCGUGCAUGAGUACUGUUGUUGUUGUUUUUUGUUUUUGAUUUUGUUUUGUUUUCUUGUGUUUUUUUUGGUUUUUCUUUUGGGAGGGGGGGGGUUAGCCCUGCGAAAGGUGAGCAUACCCCUUUAAAGUGGGUACGUUCCAACCGACUGGUUAUCAUAUUUUUUGCUAUCGAAUGUGUGAUUAUACUUACUGACAUUACACAUAGUGAGUUUUGAUCUAAACAGUAUUUAGAAAUAUUGCGCUGUUCUGUAUUUCGUAAAUAGCUUGAAGAAAAGACAGAAAUGGAGAAACAUUGUCCAAAUCAGAAAGAAACCGAUACAGUAGUUGAGCAACAAAAGGUAACAUUAACAUUAUGUUUAUGGAGUUUAGAAAUUUAAAGUGAUUAGUCGUGUUUUAUUAAAAGGCUAGUUGUUGUGUUUGUAUGACUGUAAUAAAAAACGAACAACUCAUCAUCGACAACAAGAAUGUUUUAUUGGUGACUCUUACGUUUAAAGUAAACUCUUUUCCAAACAGGCCCAACUAAAACCAACCAAAACCAGGGAUUCUGUUGAACGUGAGCCACCUCGAAAAAGAAUAAGACAAUCGGUAAGAGAAUGUUCUCUUUUUAACUAUAAAAAAACGUUAGAGCAAUGAAAUUAUGAUAUUUUAGCAGCGAAAAAAUGUGUCCUCAAGUCCGUAAUAAGGAAACUUUGUCUCAGCUUAAUUUUGGCCGGCGAUGCCUCCUUUCUCCUUCCAGUAGAGGGGUGAGGGGUGGGAGAAGGAUUAAUCCAUGAUUUUCACUGCUACGAGACCUUAAAUAACAAAACUACUUGGAAAUAGGUUUCUGUUAGUCAAACGAUGAAAUCAGCACCGGUACUUUACGUGGUAACUUGUCUGCCAAGACACUGUUUCAUAUUCACAACAAACAUUUCUGGUAACCUAUCGGUGAGAAUUUGUUCACGUACAUGCAGAUUAAAAGACGUGAAUAGUGAACUAUCAUCAUUAGUAGUAGCCUACGUGUAGCCAUGCACACCCUCUCCGUUUUUUCUUUGUCGGGGGAACGGUGCGGCUACACGUAGGCUACAUUAAUAGUAACACAAUGGUAAAACUAUCCUAAUGUGACACUACGUCUCCUAUUUUCUAAAGCUGCAUUUAUGUUAUUGGAACUUAGUCAAUAUGCGCGAACCUUUAAACACAAUGUUAUCACUUGUAGAGAACUUCCUCGAGCGCGAAACUUCGAGUACGGUUUGCAGAUGAAAGUCCUCCCAGUAAAAAUCGAACCGAUGAAGAUAAAGAACGCUUUAAAAGGCUUCAACAAAUGGAAAGAAGGUAGUAUUACGCGUGCGGUUGUUUGUUGUGGUCGAUGUUUCUCUGUCUCUAUGCCUUUGUUUUUGUUGUUUUCUGUUGUUGUUGUUGUUGUUUUCUGUUGUUGUUGUUGUUAAAGACAAUUCCUUGUGCUAUUAAAGCAAACUGAGGUCAACUUGUAAGAAACUUCAACUUUAUUUAGUAAAAACGUUUUAAAUUUACAGUCGACUGCAUGGCCCGCGAAAUAGCAAUUGCUAAUCUAGACGGCCCAGUUCAGGAAAGAGAAAAAAUGAAGGGAAGGGAGAUAUUUUAAGCUACUACAAUUAUUAUUUUUAUCAUAGUUUUAUUAUUACAAUUACAACUAAGAAGAACGAAAAGGAAUGGACGAUAAGAAACUCGGCUGUUUUCAGGAUGUUACUAAAGCGUUGAACGGGACCGGGAAACGGAAAAAUCAAACAAGGGAAGCAAUAACUUUAUCACCCAUGCUCCAUUUUAUUCCCAUUUUUCCUUUUUUCCAUUCCCUGUGGUCGUUACCCCUCCCCCGUUCCUAGUCUAAUAUCUGCCAUUUUAAAUGUUUGUAUAGGUAACAGCAUGAUUAGCAGUGAUAUUUGGCAUAUAUAAAUACCACGAGUGAUAUUUCAAAAUUGUUAUACGUAAUUUAACGAGCCGUUAGGCGAGUGAAAUUUGACACAAUUUUGAAAUAUCACGAGUGGUAUUUAUGCCAAAUAUCACGUACAAAUCAUGCUAUUAUUUGUUUAUACAUGUACUACUACCCGUAAGAGGUUUGUAAUUUUCACAUGUAGGUAUUUCAAAUUAAGCUGAAAUACCACUGCUCUAUAUUUCAGAUUGCAUCAAAUUGCAGAAAUUUGUCAUGUAGUAGUAUAAAUGAUGAAAGCUCUCACACUGUAUCUUCAAAUCGCGUAUCGUCAUGUACAUGGCAUUCAACAACGGCAUGUUCUUCUAAUGACUUUAUUACACAGCAUAUAGAGUAAAAAUUUUCUAUGGAAUACUUGGUUAUUCCUCCGAUUUAUUAAGAUAUUUUUAAAAUAAUAUUUUGUUACACGUAACCAGUUUUUAAUUGUUUUUAUGUUUUCAUAACCAAUGAGACAGCUCACUAAUUCGCUGCCUUUCAUUUAUUUUCCAGAGUUUUCGCUCAACAUCUUACCAGAUGGACAGGCAACAGCCAUCUUAACUUAUCAGAAUAGUAUUAUAAACUGUAAUUAUUGUUAAUACAUAUAAAUACACUUGGGCACGACGUAGUUGAAAUUACCACAUUAGGAAAUAUUUUAUACUGCUUUUAAAAUAAACACUUGAUAUAAAAAAAUAUACCAUAGACCACCAUGUUUGCAAUAUACACUAAGAUAAUAUAGGUGGUUUUCACGUUACGUCAUCGCCG